ACCCCAGGUCACUGGCCCCAUCGAGGUCCCGGUGGCUCGAGCUGAGGAGCGUAAGGCGAGCGGCCCCCCAAAGGGGCCCAGCAAAGCCUCUAGUGUCACCACUUUUACUGGAGAACCCAACAUGUGCCCCCGUUGCAACAAGAGGGUCUACUUUGCUGAGAAGGUGACUUCUCUGGGCAAGGACUGGCACCGGCCAUGCCUGCGCUGUGAGCGCUGUGGGAAGACGCUGACUCCGGGCGGGCACGCGGAGCACGAAGGCAAGCCCUACUGCAACCACCCCUGCUACGCCGCCCUGUUCGGGCCCAAAGGCUUCGGGAGAGGUGGAGCCGAGAGCCACACCUUCAAGUAGACCCAGGUCGUGGAGACUCCAUCCCUGGCCGCUCGCUGGACCACUGCCCCUCCAGGCUGAUGUCCAGCCUUAACUCUAGGCUCCUGGGGGCUCCCCUGUAGACCCCAUGCCCUCAAUAAACCCAACACUGAGAAGA